AUGACGACGGUUUUGAGCCGUUCGCUGCACGCGAUCGAACGUGAGCGGUUCAUGUCGUGGGUCGUGUCGUGUUACACGUUUGGUGUGAUCAUAGCGAGUAUCAAGCAUGAUGAUUUCACGGGAAUGGUUGCUAUGGAUACCACUGACAGCCACGAGCGCGACAUUGAUGUGGAACCAAUGCUGAAGAGGCAAAGAGAAGAUUCUUCUCAAAAGACGGACACGCAGGAUGAUACUGAUGGACAGCCAGAUUCGUCUGAAGCACGAGAUCGAGAGCCUAGUCCUGCAGUUGCGGAAGCUCACAAAAGAAUAGAAGAAUUCACUCAAAAGGAUCCAUGA